AUGUCCGACACAACUGUCCCCACAGUAGGGUAUUAUAAGGUCCGAGGAUUGGCUCAACCCAUACGACUGUUGUUGGCGUAUAAGGGCGUGAAUUUUACCGACAAAUACUACGACAAUCCGGGCAUCAACACAAUGGAUACGUUUAAACAAACAUGGUAUAAAGAAAAAUUCACCCUGGGUCUCGCAUUUCCCAACCUACCUUAUUAUAUGGAUGAGUCGGUCAAAUUGACAUAUAGUAUAGCCAUUAUGCGACACUUGGCCCGAAAGCACGGACUGGUGGCCACCGACGAGACCGGACUCGUACGCCAGGAUGUGUUGGACCAACAGUUGGUGGACAUCAGGAACGGGUUUUUUGGUUUAUUAAUUAACAAAGAAUUUGCAACCGAAAAAGUCACAUAUAUAGCUAAAACACUUGACCAACAAUUGGACAGUUUGUCCCGGUUUUUGGGUACCCGUCAGUGGUUUACCGGUAAUCACAUUAAUUAUGUAGACUUCUGGGCGUACGAAAUGCUUGAUUGGUUUAAAUUCUUGAACCCCGAAACGGUUAAUAAAUACCAGAAUUUGGUUCAAUUGUUGACCCGUUUUGAGAGUUUACCGGCGAUUAAGACAUAUAUGAAAUCACCGGAGUUUAUAAGUUGGCCACUCUUUGGAUCGCAUGUUCAAUGGGGGUUUAAAAAAUAA